GCUCGCCUUGCUGGCGGAAGUUGGGGACGAGAGCUUCUUCAUCACUGUGCUUUUGGCGGCCUGGUGCCCCCUGCAGGGCGUCAGAAGCGGCGCACGCCUGGAGUACCCGCUGGUGGCGCUGGGAAGUCUUUCGGCGCUUCUUCUGCGUGUGGCACUGCGACAUUUCGGGCUGUAUGCCUCUGCCGGCUUAGGCCAGGUGCUACCGCUGCAGCUUUGCGCGGUGCUGCUGGCCGGCCUCUCGGCGCGAGCGUACUGGCAAUGGACAAGCCGAGGGGAGCCUGAAAAGCUACCGGUGGCCUCGGGAGCUGUGCCGCGUUACGGCGGCUCCUUCCUGGGGAAUUUCCAGGCGGGGAAUGAAGAACCAGAACCCGUCUAG